AUGUAUGUGAAAUGAUUUGAUACAGUAAUGUUUUACUAUGUUAUUUUAGUGAAUUUAGUGAAUGUCACUUUUUGUCAUUUUCAAAUUUCCCGCUGUUCCGUCCCCAUACGUCCCGACGUCGCAGGGGAUGGAACCCAGAAGACAGAUGCCGGCAUCUGGACAUUACAUGGGACACUGCAGGAGGGACAUUGCGGGAGCGCAGGACAAGGUAAGAGAAGAACAGAUCCCGGAGCAGUGCCGCAUUGUAUUCCUGAGUGUAGCUCGGGGUUACUGCUUGUGCUACACUCGGGAAUACCGCCAGGGAGGCUACAC